AUAUUAAUCCCAAUCCACCUCAACUUUACUCAGAAAAAACGUAUUGACAAUUAUCAUUAAGUAAAACCGUUUAAAUAAGUUACUUUUUUUAUAUAAGUUACUAUUAAUGCAAGCAAGGACUGUACUCGAUAAGACUAUAUAGUCUACGUUACCAUAAAUUAUUUAAAACAUAUGGAAUGUAUUUUAGUUUUUACCAUGUGAAAAAAAAUAAAACGACCGCUUUAAUACCCUUUUGACUCAUUGUUUGUCAGGUUUAUAAUUAAGUUUGACCUCUUAUAAAAUGGUCAAGCUAUAGCUAGAUGCCCUCCCUGCCGCGUGAAAUUAUUUGUGUAUAAGCCCAAGAAUUCCUCUCUUAUUGUCAUCGUCUUCAUCACUGUCAAAACAACACAUAGAGAUCACAGAAAUGGAGCAAUCCUGUUUUGUGUCCUCUGCCAUUACAGCACUGCUGCUUCUGUUGGUCCAUGGCCAGAGCUUAUUUGCAGGUGCAACCACUUACACGGUUGGGGGCCUGGACGGGUGGACGAUGGAACAGGCAAAGAUUUGGCCCAAGGGGAAAUCCUUCAAGGCUGGUGACUAUUUGGAGUUUACAUACAACUAUGAAUUCGUCAACGUGAUAACUACGGCGAAGAAGACAGAGUACGACCAGUGCAAGCUCCCAGUCUUUGGGAUUUACCAGUCCGGCCGCGAUUUCAUUCGCCUGCACAGAGGCCACAACUACUUCUUCUCUGGCAUGGGUGGCCAGUGCCAACUGGGUUUCAAGAUGGCCAUCUUUGCAGAGUGAUGGCAGGGGAAAUUAAAUGUUUUGUGUUUUAUUACCAUGGUGACAAAUAAAAUUUGAGUUUAAUAAAUCAUCACAGUUGUAUCCGUAACCUUCCUCUCAAGUGGAGGCAUGAAUGUCAAUACAAAGCCUUUAGAGAGAGUUUGUCGAUCGAUCGAUCAAUGAAUUUCAAAUUUUCGAUACGUUUUAUCUGCUCAUUAAAGAUCUUAUAAUCAACAAUAUAUACAU